UCGCCACAGAAUACAGUAUGACUGGAAGCGUUGACAAGGCGGCCUGUUAAAUCGGACGUGCAAUGGAGCCUUCAAAUAUCAGGUAGAUGCGAAUGUUGCUCCUCGGCCCCAAUCACAUCUCGCGCUUUUCAAAAUUGCUGCUGGAUAGUGACCUCUGCCUGGGCCAACAGCAAGACCGCUGGCGAGAGGCCGAGAGGUGCAUCAGCAAUGCAAGUCUCGCCCCCGCGUGCAGCUGGCCGACGCAUCACCGACUGCACCAAAGCUGCUCUGAACUCCAGGGCAAGGUUCCGACAGUAUCUCGCUGGCAUGAUGCUAGGCUGGAAUUCGGUCGCGUCCCUCUUCGCUGUGGUGGCUAUCUCCUCGACCACACGGGCAGCACCCACAGGUCUUGCAGAGGGUGCUGCGAAAGCUGCUAAGGCUUUGCAUGGCACUGCUAGUGGUGCGGCGAGUCCAGCUUCAUCGGAAGGCUCAGUGAACUUCCUCCUUUCGUCCCCCGAGUCGUCAGUGAACUUCGCUUCCCACACUGGUAGGCUUCCAGCCGCCACGGCUUCAACAGCCUCUUCCCACGCCCAUGGAGCCAAGAGCAGAAAGCCUUCAAAUCGCGCAUCGCUUCAGAUGGUUCCAAGUCGGAGAAGGAAAUUCAGCGCGAAUGAUUUGACGCGCGAAAGAGCUACGAAUGUCAUCAACGAAGCGAUACCUGAAGACAAACUCAGACCCGCACUCGACGCGCACAAAGCUCGUGCAUGGAUUGGUCCGGUCAAGAACAUCAGCGUCAAGUUCGGCAGCAACAUACCCAAACACGAACACGAGGUCUUAGCCCACGCGGCAAAAUUGCACGCAGAGACAUUUGUGCCGCACGCAGAUAACGUCAAGGUGUGGAGAACAUUUGGGCCAAGUUUUCACGAACCUAUUUAUCAUGCGAAGGCAACAAUGUUCGAGGUGGAGGGCUCGAAACAGCAUCGAAUAGAGGGUGGUGGGAGGACAUCGCUCGGUGAGCAGCCGCAGCAGACUCAUUUGGAAGAUGUAAGGGCACUGACGCAGGUGCGGAGCAGGCUAUUAUCAUCGGGGACAUCAUAUCAUGAUGCCUCCCGGUUCGGUCUUUCGGCCUCAUCCAACAGGUUCGCACCUCGUUCUUGGCGAUGAUCAAAAGCCGGUCGGAGUGAUGGUCAAAGAAGAGCAGCCCUACGAGCCUUGGGCAAAACGGAAAUCAAUCUUGUCCGAACAGGCCGCCGCUCGGGCCAAGCAGGUACAGGCGGAGGACCUACCGGAAGCUCACACCCAGACUGCGACUCCGGAUGUUGAAGCACCUCGAGCUGAUCCCGUGCAGCUCCGC